UCAAUUCAAUUGAAGCAGGCGAGGAGUUUUAUAGAGAAGGCAAACAAAAUAAGUAGUAAAGAUGUCUGCGCUUCCUAAUUUUGAAGAGUAUGUCACAUGUCCAUACGAUAGCGCUCAUCGUAUAUUGCAGGUCCGCUUGACCUCUCAUUUGACUCGUUGUGCCAAGAACUUUCCAUCGGCCAAGUUAGUCCGCUGUCCAUAUAAUACCACCCAUCUACACUCGGUAGCGGAUAUGCAGAAUCAUGUCAUCGAGUGCCCCAAUCGAUCGGCCGCCGAGAGCUUUAAGUUGCCGGACACCUUGCCGCCUGUGGAACCGCAACCACUUGAAUUUCUGAUCGAAAGUGCCGAGGACUGGGAUGCCUACCCGCCAGUUCAGACUUACAAUCCGGCUGCUCACUGUGAGAACGCGCUCGUCAUCCGCAAUCUGCAAGGAGCUCCGCCCGCCGCUCGUCGGGCAUUCCGCGAAAGCGAACGCCGGCGAUUCAGAGAGAAGCUGCUAUAGAUGCCGUGCUAAGUUCCAUAAUACCUACAUUUUAUAUAUGCACAUUCCUACAACCCAUACAACAUACAAUAUAGCGAUUGUUGUAGGUUUCUACAUACAAAUGAUCAUAUGUAAUUUAAAACAUUUCUAUGGAAGGAAAUAUCA